AUGACUUCCGUAUUGUCAACUUGUAAUGAUAAUGCAACAGCAAAUUUAUCCACCACAAAUAACUAUGUAUCCGCAAUUUCCAACUCAAAUGUAACAAAUAUUUCUUCACGAAAUGUACUACUUCCGUCAAUACCUCCAAGAGCAUUUGCUCGUUCAAACAUUACUUCAAAAAAUUUUCCACCAGAUUAUUUACCUUCCUACUCGAUAGUAGUAGAAGACAUGCCGCCAGAGUAUCCAGUAGAUCAAGAACCGCUACUUGAUUCUCCUCCAAAUGAUAAUAUUCCAAGAAUAGAUGAUUCUUUUUUAAUCGAACCAUUGAUGUAUCUGGCUCCAGUACAACCACAACAAUUUUGGCCUAUUACUAAAAGGCUUUAUAUUUAUGGCUUUAUAAUAUGGCCACUUUGGUUAAUUGGUUCUUUAUUCGUUUUAUUUGGUAAUGAAUAUAAAUUUAAAAAACAAGAAACUAACUCGAGUGAAGGAAGAAGUGAUAAUAAAUUUAAUACUGGAAGAUUGAAAUGGGCUAAAAGGUGUUUAUUUAAUUUCUUAAUCUUUGCUUCGGUUUCUAUUUAUAUUUGUAUCGCUCUUAAUAAGAGUAAAGGAAAGCUUUAUUAA